GAAGAUAAAAUUAUUACUGUUUUGGUGGUUGUUGAGUGAAGUUGAUUGUGUUAAACUUUGUGCUGGACUAAUUGUGAUUUUACUAAUGAAAAACAUUUUCGUAAAUAGAUAAUUAUAUCGUGACUGUGGUGCAUUUUCGUCUAAUGUUUCCGCCGAAUUGAAUCUAAUUUUUUGGACGAAUAAGAACAUUUUUUUCCUGCUACAUGAGCUCGUUUACAUUGGUUGAAUUUGGGAUAACUUGGAAUUGAAUAUUAAUGGUUAAUUGCUGGGUGAUUUCCCAUUAACGUGAAGCAGUCUUAUACCUAAUCAUGGAUUCUUUUCUUUUGAAUAACAAUAAGGGCAGUUCGGUCAAGAUCACUAUUACACCAUGUCAACCGAAGACGUUGACCCAUCUGCCAAAAAGGCCCCCGGUAGACAUCGCCUUCUCGGAUCUCAAAUACACGGUCGCAGAAGGACGCAAAAAACGACAAAAAACUAUCCUCAAGUCUGUCAGCGGUCGUUUACGCUCCGGCGAAUUGACCGCCAUUAUGGGUCCUUCCGGAGCCGGAAAAUCCACCUUGUUGAAUAUUCUUACUGGAUACAAAACCUCUGGCAUGGAAGGAUCUAUAACGAUUAAUGGAUUCGAAAGGAAUUUAAGCCAUUUCAGAAAAUUAUCGUGCUACAUCAUGCAAGAUAAUCAAUUACAUGGAAACUUGACCGUUGAAGAAGCCAUGAAAGUUGCCACAUCUCUUAAGCUUAGUUCAACUUUGUCGAAAACACAUAAAGAAGAAGUUAUACAAGAGAUAUUGGAAACUUUGGGGCUACAAGAUCAUAAAAAAACGCUAACUAGUAAUCUGUCGGGAGGUCAGAAAAAACGUUUAUCGAUCGCUUUGGAGCUAGUAAAUAAUCCUCCUAUUAUGUUUUUCGAUGAGCCAACUAGUGGUUUAGAUAGUUCAUCGUGUUUUCAAUGUAUCUCAUUACUGAAAUCUCUUAGCUGCGGUGGACGUACCAUUAUUUGUACCAUUCACCAGCCUAGUGCUCGUUUAUUCGAAAUGUUCGACCAUUUGUACACCUUAGCCGAAGGCCAAUGCGUGUAUCAAGGCUCGAUCCAACAAUUGGUACCAUUUUUGGGUACUUUGGGACUGAAAUGUCCGAGUUACCAUAACCCUGCUUCAUUUUUAAUCGAAGUGGCCUGCGGAGAAUACGGAGAUAAUGUUAAAACGUUAGUAACUGCGAUUGAUAAUGGUAAACAUAACGUUCAAAAUAAUAAACCGUUCCCGAACGAAGAUUCGAACGCACAACCCUUAAAUAAUCAAAUUGCCAACGAUACUGUUCCAAAUAAUGGCGAACUUGUCAAAGUUCAUAAUGACAAAGCUAACGAAAAGGAUGUUUCAAUCACUAUUGAUUCGACGAAAAAUGGCGAUAAAAUACUGAAAAAAGAACAGAAAGAAUUUGAGAAACAACAGAAAAAAGAACAAAAACAGAAAGACAAAGCUAAUCAAUCGUUACUUAAAACACAAUCUGGUGUUAAAAGAAGAUACGCUACGUCCGAAUUGACUCAGAUGUGGAUUGUUUUAAAAAGAGCUUUACUAUUCAGUCGUCGUGAUUGGACGCUUAUGUACUUGCGAUUAUUUGCUCACAUUUUGGUCGGAUUUUUAAUCGGAGCUCUUUACUACGAUAUUGGUAACGAUGGUGCGAAGGUUCUCAGUAAUUUAGGAUUCCUGUUUUUCAAUAUGUUAUUUUUAAUGUACACCUCCAUGACAAUCACGAUUUUAUCUUUUCCUUUGGAAAUGCCGGUUUUAGUAAAAGAGCAUUUCAACAGAUGGUACUCGUUAAGAGCUUACUAUUUGGCUAUCACCAUUUCUGACAUACCGUUCCAAGCUAUAUUUUGUGUGAUGUAUGCAAGUAUAGUUUACUGGCUGACUUCUCAACCAAUGGAAAUGUUCAGAUUCGGUAUGUUCAUAUCCGCUUGUUUACUCAUAUCGUUCGUCGCUCAAAGUGUUGGAUUGGUGGUUGGAGCUGCCAUGAACGUACAAAAUGGAGUAUUUUUGGCACCAGUUAUGUCGGUUCCGUUCUUACUCUUCUCCGGAUUCUUCGUCAGUUUCGAUGCAAUUCCAGUGUAUCUGCGGUGGAUAACAUAUCUCAGUUAUAUUAGAUACGGUUUCGAGGGUACUGCGAUAGCCACCUAUGGAUACAAUAGAACAAAACUGAACUGCUUCCAGCAAUAUUGUCAUUUCCGUAAUCCGACGACCACGUUGAAAGAAUUGGACAUGGUUGACUCGAAAUUCGAAUUAGAUAUCAUCGCUUUGAUAAUUAUUUUCUUAGUACUAAGAAUAGCAGCUUUCAUCUUCCUCAGAUGGAAACUGAUCGCUGUACGAUGAAGACCAAGAUUAUUUUAAAAUCUCAUUUAUAACUUCUUUAUCGAGUGAUAUAUUGUGUAUUUUUUAGUUUCUUUUUUUCAUAUUACCUAUUUUGUUUUUAGGUUUAUUUAUUUAUUUAUUUUUUAAAAAACAUGUAUGUCUAUGUACGUUUGGAAAAGUUUUUAUAUUUGUUAUAUAGUAUGAUCAAGUAUCUACCUACCUACAUUUCGCGUGUGUCGUUUAUAAAAAAUUUAGUACAACGCAUCAAUCAUUGUAAUGAAUUUUUACGAUAAAUACAAGGAAUUAUUUUUAUGGUUACCGUUGAAUAAAAAUUUGUCUUUUA